AAUAUGAUUACUCUCGUAAUCUUCAUCGUUCUAUGUUCCAAUCUAAUCAUCAGUUGUUUCCCUGCAGCCUCUGCUGUGUCAACUAUCAAAGUUGGUGACCGACUCAACCUCACUUCUCAGCUUGUUUCCCCUGGUAGAAGAUUCACGUUAGGCUUCUUUACCAUUCCAGAAACAAAGUAUACUUAUUUAGGAAUUUGGUAUACUGAUGAUGAUUUAUACACUAAAGUAUGGGUAGCCAACCCAUCUACUUCGAUCGCGUCAAGCUCUAGCGUCCUCAUGAUCGAUCCUGUUGAUGCAACAAACACGGGACCAAGGAUGGUAGCUAAGUUGGUUAGGCAAAAGGGCUGAAGGGUUCAGUUUUGCCUAACGCAGGUCGCGGGGUCCCUCCACGUUUGCAAAACGUGGAAGGAGGUUCACUAUAGUAUGUAUUUGUUAUUUGCUUUGAGGUUCUUUCUUCGAGGCCAGCUCGAAUCUAGAAAAGAAAGCAAAUAGAAUAAGUGUGAGAUGAAUGUGAUGAAGAGUUGUUUGGAAGUGACAAAGAACUCUUUGAAUGACCAGAGAUUAAGGAAUCUCUGCCUUUCGGAAUGUCCCAGAAGUGAACAUGAGCUGUCUUCUUAUAGGGGAAGACAUCUCCUGAAAUGGCAUAUACAAGACUAGCGAAACCUGUUUGCAAUGGAGGGUUUCCCCUUUUGGGGUUGAAGACUUUGGACCCCUGGUUAAUAGAGUGUACCUGUGCAGACCUGCUCUGAGUUUGUGAGUUGGUGAGCAUGAGUUGGUGAGGCGAGUUCUCAGACAUGACUGAUUACUGUUUCUCGAUUUCCUCACUUCACAGCUUUUCAUCCGAUGAACCUUUCAACCUUUUAAGCUCUUGCAUAUUAAUAAUUUUAUUUAUCCUUGGGCUACCCCCGUCGUCAGCCCCCCAAGUCAGAGGUUUUUGGGAUAGUAUGCUCAAAGACUUCUGACUUUUGUGCAUGUCUUUUAAAGGUUUCAAGGGUUCGUUGCUUGAAGGCUUGAAAGGCUGGAGGCAGUUACUUUUUGAAUUUUGAAUUUUAAACGAUUUGACAGUUGAUUUGAUUGACAUGUGCCAGGCGGCGGUUUUGCAGGAACCAUUUAUUUACCUUUAUUACCCUUGCUUUAAUAUCAUAUUUAUUUUAUACUUGUAAAACUUUUCACUUUACUCAUAAUCAUUCCAAGUUUCCUUCCUCAGGUUAGUUUUUCUUCUCCAUUUUCGUUUUUACUUUCUUCAAUCAUGGGUGCCCUUAAAGAUUUAGCAAGGUCAUUCUCUCGAAUGACACAAGAGGAAGUAGACCUGUUUUGUCUUGAAUAUGGUAUUGAUAAAAAAUUUAAUCCAACUGCCCCUGCUUGCGAUGUUUCUGUUGACAAACCAAAUCCUGGUUCGAUUGCUUUGUAUUGUCGUCAUUUUCAGUGGUCUAAUCUUCGUUACCCUUUUUCGUUUUUUGUUUUGAACUUGCUUGAGUAUUACCGGGUGUCUUUUGGGCAAGUUAAUCCAAAGGGGAUGGCUAGGGUUUUGCACUUUGAAGUGUUGUGUCGUGCUCUUGGUUAUGAUCCCUCUUUGUUGCUCUUUCGGAGGUUUUUCCGUUUAGCCAAAAAUGGUGACUGGUUCACUUUUGAGACAACAAAGGUUGAUACUUGUCUCAUUUCGUCCAUGGUUACAACACUUGGAUCCUGGAAGGAUCGCUUUUUCUGGGUUUCUGAAUCUAUCGUUCCUUUCAAAAUGGUGUGGAGGCAUCCGGAUGCUGUUCUUAAUGAUCCGGAGCCUUCUGAAUCUGAGUUGAACGAUGCCUUUCUUUUAGCCAUUCGGGGAUGCCCUUCGAGGGUUCGUCCCUUUCCCGAACAUUUGUUAGUGCUUUUAGGGGUUAGUAAUAUUUGGGGAAAAGCCGAUCGGGAUCCGGUGUUAAUGAGAAAUGGCCUUGUUAUGUCUGCUUUGGACUUUAUCAAGAGUGACGACACGUCUGAUGUUGUAUUUGAGGAUGCCCCGACCGUUCCGGGUGAAAAUGUUGUGGUUAGGACUUCCGAGCAAAGGUUUGAGGGCUCGGGUUAUGCUAGCGUUGCCAAUGUUAAGGGUUUUACCAAGUCUAAUGCUCCCAAGUGUUCAACUCGCCGAUCAUCUCGUCGUUUGUUGAAAGCUACUCCUCAAUCCACUUCCACUGAGCCAGUGGAUUUGAGUGAUGAUAUUGAGGUUUCAGAGGAUCAAGUUGAAGCGGGUGUUGAGAAGGACAAGGAGUUGGUUGUUCAUGGUAAGAAGGUUCGAGGUAAGAAGGUUGUUUCUACCCCUGUUCAGGAAUCGUCAAGCAGGGACGUUGAAGGGUUGAACCCUGAGGGCACUUAUGUGCCUGCUUGGCUAGUGAAGAAUGAUGACACCUUCAAGGAUGCUGCUGUUUGUGAGGAUGCUCUUAGUCAUCUUGCUCCUCCUUCUGUACGUGAAACCAUUGCUGAGAUGGACGAUGACUUUAUGUUGUCUCGCAUGGUUUUAACCACCUGUAACGUUGCUGCCAUGCUUCCCCAAGGGAUUACUCGCUUUCGCCAAAGGAUGCGGGAAUAUGAGGAUUUCUCCAAGAAGAAGGAUAAGAUGAAAUCCUCCCUAGCAUCAAUGAAGAAGGAAAUAGCUGGGUUUGCAGAGAAGGAAGCAGCGUGGAAGAAGGAGGUUAAUGAUUUGAAAAAAAUGCAUGAUAUUGAGAUGGGUGACCUGAGGAAGAGCUUUGAGGCUAACUUGUUGAAGUUAAAGGCUGACCGAGAGGCCUUAGCUGUCCAGCAGCAGGCUUUUCGUGAGGAAAAGGAAGGGUUGAAAGCUUCAGUUGGUCAAGUGACUGCGGACAAUCAAUGGUUGAUCGAGCAUGGUUUCCAGCAGGUUGUUACUUAUCUUUUGCAUUCCAAGGAGUUUAACUCUGCCCUUGGUGAUGUUUACACUAAGCUUUUGAACCAGGGGAAACAUCAAGGCCUUACUGCUGGCUACAAACUUCAUGAGUCUGGACAACCCUUGGAGAAGUCACCCAUGUUUCGCCCCGAGGCUUCUGAUAUCUUCAAGGCUUCUGUUGAGCAGAUGGAAAGGCUAACCUACCCUUACAUUCAUGAAGUAUCCUCUUGCUUUGGUAAGCCUUUAUCUGUUUUACAGGAAUUGAAGCCUGAGGGGUUGAAUGAGAAAGUUUGUGCUGAGGUUUUGGGUUCCCUGUCAAGGAAGAGGUCCUACUCUGGGGAUAGUGAUGAUAUCCUUUCGAGUUUGCCUGAAGCUUCAAAGGAUGCUGGUUUAGAGACCUCUGCGGUUGGUGGUGAAGAAGGUGCUAAGGCGAAGAAGACUAAGAAAGCCAAGAAGUCUAAGGCUGAAGGUUCCAAGCCUUCUGAUAACUGAUAUUUAUUCGUAGCUUUCUUAGCAAACACUUAAUGUCUGUAAUGUUUUAAACAAUGUUAGGUUUUUAGGAACCCUUAAGGUUCCUGUGGUUGGUUAGGCCUGUAUGGCCAUUGAACACUAGUUUUAUUUGCAAGUCACUAGGGCUUGUUUUGACUUCCUUCUGAAGGUCUUUUAUGGCCUUCCUAACUAUGAUAUGA